CGGUGGCGGUUGGUCAGGGGCGUGCCGGCUUCGCACAGAUUGAACCGAGAUGUCACCCCGCAGGGAGAAGUGACCAUCCCGCGCCUGGGCGGAAAAGCAGUUUCAUUUCAAUAUAUAUGACCAUGCAACCUGCAACUCAAGUAUGGUUUGGAGAAGACCUGCCUCUAAGUCCACGGAGUCCUCUGACUCCCAGACAUGGGCCAGGUUUGGCUGAUGUUUGUCAGUAUGAUGAGUGGAUAGCUGUGAGGCAUGAAGCCACCCUGUUGCCCAUGCAAGAAGAUCUGUCGAUCUGGCUGUCUGGUUUAUUAGGUAUUGAAGUUAAGGCAGAAAGAUUAUUGGAAGAACUUGAUAAUGGAGUACUAUUAUGCCAACUGAUUGAUGUUCUUCAAAGCAUGGUGAAAACUUUUGAGUCUGGAGAACCCAGGAAUUUUCCAAUGGGAAAAGUGCCCUGUAAGAAAGAUGCUGCCUCAGGUUCAUUCUUUGCUAGAGAUAAUACUGCGAACUUCCUUUACUGGUGCAGGCACAUUGGGGUUGAUGAGACUUACCUCUUUGAAUCCGAAGGUCUAGUUUUGCACAAAGAUCCAAGACAGGUGUAUCUUUGUCUUCUUGAAAUUGGUCGAAUUGUGUCGAGAUAUGGGGUUGAGCCACCAGUAUUAGUAAAACUUGAGAAAGAAAUCGAACUAGAAGAGACCUUACUUAAUACUUCUGGGCCCGAAGAUUCCAUUAGCAUUCCGAAAUCGUGCUGUCAGCAUGAGGAGCUACAUGAGGCUGUUAAACAUAUUGCUGAAGACCCCCCCUGUAGUUGUUCCCAUCGAUUCUCUAUUGAGUACUUAUCUGAAGGACGGUACCGACUUGGGGAUAAAAUACUCUUUAUAAGAAUGCUUCAUGGAAAACAUGUCAUGGUCCGUGUUGGUGGAGGCUGGGAUACUCUUCAAGGAUUUUUGCUUAAAUAUGAUCCCUGUCGAAUAUUACAAUUUGCUACACUAGAACAAAAAAUUCUAGCCUUUCAAAAAGGAGUUUCCAAUGAAAAUGUACCUGAUUCGUCUGCCAGAACACCUCAGCCUCCUGAAAUGAAUCCUUUGUCAGCUGUUAACAUGUUUCAGAAACAAAAAUCAAAACCUGGCACGCCAGUUGGUAUUCCAAGAAGCAAAGAAAAGCAGGUACGUCCACUGGAUGGGUUGCUGCCAGCAUCUUCCCUGAAAGGAGGGAAUCUGGGCUCUGUGUCAGUCCGUUCCAAAUUGCCAGAUUCUCCAGCAUCAUCUUCUCAUCUUAAGCUCAAAUCUUCAAAAGGCAUCACAAAGAAACCACAGGCCCCUUCAGUCAAAGCAGUAGGUAAAAGCACUUCUUCACCAACUUCAUCCAGAACCACACCUUGUGAAUCUCAGUCAUUGAGAAAACUUAUCUCAUCACACGAUACUCCUCAGGCCAAUCUUGUUAUGGCCCAGAAGCCCAGAGAUGUGCCUGAGUCUGCACUUGUGCCAAAUAAGUCUUCUGGAAAAACUGAACUGAAGCAUUUGAAACACACUCUGAAAUCUUCCAGGGAUAAUGCAGAGUCUCCUUCAGCAGCACAUUCAGAUUCAUCGUCAAAGCGUCCAAAGCCACCUAUGGCAAAUAUACAUGUAAGGCCUAAACCUUCCCCCUCUCUCCAUUCCCCUGCAAAAAUAACAAAAUCCAGUUCCAAAACUAUACCCACAAGUCUAGGAAUGCGGUCUCAGCCCUCUGAUAGAGCCCCACAAGCUGGGGCAAUGCCAGCACACAAGCUUAAGUCAGCCUUAAAUUUAAACCAACCACUGUCCGUAUCCUCAGUUUUACCUACAAAAACUGCACAGGAAUCAAAAGAUAAGAAUAUGGUUUCAGUUGCCAAAAAGCAGCCUCAGAAUAAAAGUCCAUCCCAGAAGAUAGGACCCAGCUCCUUGAAGUCCCCUGGCCGUACCCCACUGUCUCUCAUGAGUCUUCCCCAGUCCUCUGUCAAGACACAACCUGUAUCAAAGUCAGCACAGAUGGCCACUAAGAGCCAGUAUUCAGCAAAAGGGCCUCCAAAAAGUGGCAAAGCCCCAGCUGCAACCCGGAAACCACCCUCAUCUGGUAAGGAAGCAGUUAGUGGAGAUAAAAAACCUACCGCAAAGAAAAAGGAAGACGAUGACCAUUAUUUUGUUAUGACUGGAAGUAAGAAACCUAGAAAAUAAAUACAAAUGCAUCCUUUAAGAAAACAGGAAAAGAAGAGAGUAAAAUAUGUUAGCAUCACAUCUUAAAAGUUUCCUCCUGUGGGUGUUUGUCCAAAUAGGUUCAGAUAUUAGGCACAGGAAGGUGAGGGUUGGAGGUUGGGGAUGGGUAGAGUGUGCAUCAGAAUUCACAUUUCUGAAUUCGCCAGAGGUACCCUUUUGAGGCAGACAGUUGUAAAAUCAUCAAAAUGUUCUUAUUAAUAAUAGAUAUUGAUAUGAUUUUUAAUACAUAGCAUCUUUGUUAAUGUCUGCCCUUUAAGGGAAAUGUAGAGCUAAAUAACACUACUGGAGUUAUAACUAUAGUUAUUGAAUUUUUGAAUAUGUAUUAAAUAUGGAGGUUUUAUACUGGCUAAUAGCAACAGUGGUGCUCUUCAUAUUAGUUAUCGCAUUUUGAUAAAAUAGCAACGGUUUGGCACUUGUCUUACAAAAGGCACCUAAUUUAAUUUUUUGAUCAGGAUUACCUGAUUGAACAAUACUAAGUACCAAUGGCUGCUGCUGAUUAGCUUGACAUUACUCUAGGGUUGGUAGAAUUCUAUUACUUAACAUUUUAAGCUUUCCAAAUCAGAAGGAAUGGUUUUUAACUGGCUUAUAUUAAAGUUGUUAAUAUUUUGUUAUAUUUUUGGUAAAAAAAUUUGUAAUAUUUUUGGUAAAAAAACCCCAUAAGAUAUUGACAUUUAAACUGAAAUUUGGUAAAAAAACAAAAAGAAACCCAAGACUUUUUAUAUGUUAUUUAUAAGAAUCUACACCUUAUAUUUUAGAUGGAUGCUGUGCAAUGUGAAAGGGGAAACUGAGUUAGUAACUUUUAGCAUAUUAAAAAUAUUUUUACUAUAGUUUCCUCUGAGUACAGAUAUGAAUUUUUACAUUAAAAUAAUGUUUUAAUAUCAGAAUUAUGUGUUAACAAUCCUAAAAUUAAGGUGUUACUAAAGCAUCUUAUGGUGGUGCUAUAUAAAAAUUCUAUCAUGUGAUUAUUAUUUUUCUUUAGAGAGCACACUGCCAGUUUUAAUUAAACCCUUCCAAUUAUAUUAAUUUUCUUUCAUAAAAUCAUGCUGCUUUCAGUUUUUCAAUGGCAAGUGGACAGUAUAAAUGCAGUGUUUUCUGCUCUGUAGGUAGACUCUCAAGGAACAUAUCCACAUCAUGUAACGACUGCAUAGGUUCCACUGCUCUAAGAUAUUUGUAAAUAAUUUGUUUUUUAAGGGAUUAUGGCUAUUUAAAAAAAUCAUAAAUGUACUUUCAGAAGUUUUGGGGUGUGUUUAAAACUUUAUAGUAUUAUCAGUUAUCAUAGGUUAUUAUAUUCAAUAUUGAGGUUUGUGUUUCCCUAUUAAGCUAAAAUGUGUUUUCUAAAGAAAAACAAUGGUUUACACAAAUGUGCAAUUAUAAGAUAAUCAUCUUAAGCUCACUAACAUUCUGUAGAUUAUAAAGCAAGAAAACUUUGUAUAAACCGAAGUGAUCUUUUGUCUGAGGAAUACAGUUAAAAUCAGAGAUAUAUGCAAGCUAGUUUUUGGAAUAAUUGAUACUUCUCUUCUUAAAAGAGACAGUCACCAAAUACUUGGUUGAGUUCUGUUGCUCUGGGCAUUGAGAGAAUAUUUACAUUUUUGGAAAGUGAAAUCAGUGUUCAAGAAGUGCUAGGAGCUUUACGUUUUUAGUAAUCAGAAAUGUUUAAUGCAUCUUUCAAAGAGAAAGAAUUUAAUGUUCAAGAAGUUUAUUCCCUCAUAAGAUCAAAUAAUAUUUUGGUAUUGGUAACUUCUAGAACUUAAAAAAUAAUGCUAUGCCAACCAACCUAUGAAAUAAAGUAGAUUUUACAGUAUUAAACAGUAACUUUUGUAUUGAGAAUAAUCAGGAAUAAAAGUAUCCCAUAGGCAUCUGGCAUAAAUUCCAAGAAUUUUUUUUAGAAAAUUGGAAGUUAAUUUAUAAAUGACCCUAUUUUUCAUCAGUAGGGAAUUUCUCCAAUUAUAUUGAUGUUGCAUGAUCCCUUUCAAGAUACCUUUGAAGCUUAUCCUUCCAAGAUAAAGAUUUUUAAAAAUAAACAACAGCUGAAAAAUUCUUUCUUCAAAUAUAUUUUGAAGUAUCUUAAAGACCUUCAAAUAUAUUGUUUUUGAUCAUUUUCACAAUUAUUAAAAUACAGUGUUGAAGUUGGAAAGAAGUUUUCACUUCUUCUAACUAAGAGGACAAGAUUUUAAAAGAUUUUUCUUGUUUCAUAUUUAACAAAAUGAAUUAAGCUUAAAUUACUAAAGCAGCUGGUGGAAGAAAUAACAUGUAUUUUCAAAAAAGAAUGGAACGAGUUUUUAUUUUUCAUUGCCAAAAUUUGUGAACAUGACUGGUAUAUCAAUUUGAUCUUUGGAGGAAAAUGAAAUGCUGGUUAUUUUUAGAUUGUUUGGGUUUACAUUGGGCAUUUAUGUCUUACGUCUUCAAAAUAUCUUGAUGCAUUAUGUGACCUCUAACUUUCCAUGUCACAGAGUUUACAAUUCUUAGUGGACAAGGGAAAUUUUUUGAGAAAUAGUUACUGUUCCUUCUGCGAUCUUUUAAUCCUUACCUGAUUUUAAAAUCUCUUACUUCCUUUAAGGCCUUCAAUAACAGGUUGUUUUGAUACAUUUGUACAUCCAGGUUCACAUACUGACUCUAUUGAUAUCCAAAUGUGUAUAUAUUCUUUUCUUGUGCAGCAGUGUUUGUAUCAGAUUUUAACUUCUAUUUUCUCAAGUAUUAAAACUUAAACAUAUGCA